AGGGACGCUGCUCAGCUGCUGCUCUGCUCCUGUCUCCUGUCCCCUCCCCCGGCCAUGACAGAGACCCGUGAGCCAGCUGAGACUGGGGGCUACGCCAGCUUGGAAGAAGACGAUGAAGACCUUUCCCCAGGCCCCGAGCAUUCCUCUGAUUCAGAAUACACUCUCUCAGAGCCGGACUCCGAAGAGGAAGAAGAUGAGGAGGAGGAGGAAGAGGAGACCACUGACGAUCCUGAAUAUGAUCCUGGCUACAAGGUGAAGCAGCGCCUUGGCGGGGGACGUGGUGGCCCAUCCCGCCGGGCUCCCCGUGCAGCCCAGCCCCCGGGCCCCCCGGCCCAGCCUUGCCAGCUCUGUGGCCGCUCACCCCUUGGGGAGGCCCCACCGGGAACCCCACCCUGCCGGCUCUGCUGCCCUGCUACAGCCCCCCAGGAAGCACCAGCCCCAGAAGGCAGGGCCCUCGGGGAGGAAGAGGAGGAACCACCUCGGGCUGGGGAGGGCCGACCAGCUGGGCGGGAGGAGGAGGAGGAAGAGGAGGAGGAGGGAACCUACCACUGUACGGAAUGCGAGGAUUCCUUUGACAACCUGGGGGAGCUGCACGGGCACUUCAUGCUGCACGCCCGGGGUGAGGUGUAGGCAGAGCCCCCAUACAGGGAGCUUGGCAGAAGGGGUGGGGUGGGAGGAGGGGGCUGAGGAAAUUGGGGUUGUGACAGUGGUCAUGGGGGAUGGGGUACUGCCGGUCUGUGUUGUCUUAGAAGUAGAUGUGUGAUGGCCAGAAUAAAAGCCAAAAUCUGUA